AUGGAGGAAAAGGUUCAGAGCAAAGGCGAUUGGUGUGUAGCGAACCCUGUUACGGAUAAUAACAGAUUAUUACAAAACAUAGACUUUGCAUGUUCUAAAAUAGAUUGUCGAAUUAUUAUGGAAGGAGGUUUAUGUUAUGAUCCUAAUACUCCUCUUAAUCAUGCGUCUGUCGCCAUGAAUCUUUAUUAUCAAGCUCAAGGAAGACACUACUUGAAUUGCAACUUCGAAGGCUCUGGUCUCGUUACUGUCACUGAUCCUAGCUAUGGUUGUUGCAAAUUUCAGUAUCGUAAGUAA